AUGUGCGAGCAGGCAGCGCGCUACUGCCGGGCCGGGGUGCAGAAGCUGCUGCGGAAGCCGGCGCCGGCGCUGCGCGGGCUGGACGGGCUGCUGCGCUGGGCGGCCGGCAGGAUGGGCGACAAGGGCCUGGCCGACAGGGAGCUGCUGGCCCCGGGGGCGGCCGCCACCCAGAGGAAGGGCACCUCCGUCAUCCUCGAUAUUUUCAGAAGAGCUGACAAAAAUGAUGAUGGGAAGCUGUCCCUGGAGGAGUUCCAGGCCUUCUUUUCUGAUGGGACACUCAACGAGGAAGAACUUGAGAAGCUCUUUCAUACCAUUGACUCAGACAACACUAACAAUGUGGACACCAAGGAGCUGUGUGACUAUUUUGCUGACCAUAUGGGAGACUAUGAGGAUGUUUUGGCCUCCCUGGAGAUGCUGAACCUCUCCAUCCUGAAGGCCAUGGACUACACCAAACGGGUGUACGAGAGCGGCAGCAAUGUGGACCAGUUCGUGACCCGCUUCCUGCUGAAGGAGACGGCCAACCAGACCCAGUCACUGCUGAGCUCCGUGGAGAGUGCUGUGGAUGCCAUCGACGAGCAAACCAACCCCGCCAGACACUGCCCCAGCAAGGAUGGUCACAGCCUGAGCGACACCUGGUAUGACAACCCUGUUCCCAGCUACUCUCCCACCACCUGGAUGGUCCCCAGGGAGCAAGGAAAGAGCUUCCAGGCUGGUUCCCCUGACACCAAGGCAGAGGGGCUGGAGGGGCAGAUCAACAGGCUGGCCAAGCUGAUUGGCAAGCUGGAGGACAAGACCCUCUGGUUUGACCUGCACCAGCGGCUGUCGGACAGCGAGAGCACGGCCUGCACGUACCUGCUCCUGGUGAGGAACGAGAUGACAGUGUCACACAAGCACCUGGGCGAGUUCUGCAGCUCCCUGAAGCAGUACCUGAAGAGCGUGGCCGGGGAGCGGGACUGCUUCCACGUCACCGCGGUGAAGCUGCCUGAUGGGGUCACCUUCAUCAUCUAUGAGUUCUGGGAGACCGAGGAGGACUGGAAGAGGCACCUGCAGAGUGCCACCUGCAAGGGCUUCCAGCACGUCAAGGUGGACACGCUCAGCCAGCCUGAGGCCAUCUCCAGCGUGGCCGUGCCAGCUGCCUGGUGCACCCUGAGCCGAGAGUGACAGUCGGUGCUGGGAGCCCGCCAGCACCUGUCCCCUGUGCGGGGCAGCCGUGCCCGGGGACGUGUCGGUGUGACCUGGCUGCAGUGAAGGAAACUCCCACGUG